CACGCUUCAAAGAUGAAAGAAAUCAAAAGUAAUAUUUACAAGCAUUUAAUUGUCAUCGUUGCCGUAGUCGUGACGUUAAUGUGCAAUUAUGUUUGCUCAACUCCCAUGAUGUACAAACGCAAUCCGGACGAUAAAUUCGAAAGAGAUUUGGUGCCGGUCUCCUCGACAGUCAUACCAUUAACGGCCGUUGAAGUCAGCUAUGGUUUGGGUGGUAAACCAAGCGAAGAAUACAAAGAGGCCUACUUGAAAAAAUUGCGCAAAAAAGUUCAUGAACACGAUAAAAGUGCAAGUGAGAAGCUAGCCGAUCCGGAUACAUUAAUAACCAUUAAAAAGAAACACAUUGACAGCAGCAACACCAAUAAGGCCAAAGUCAAGGGCGGCAUCAUUACCAAAAAUCCCAUACAAACAGCAGCAACAACAACAACAACAACUGGAGGCGACAACAAGUGA